UAUGCCAAACCAAGACCGGUGAACAGUGCGUUUCCAGCAGCAAGUAGGAUAACUGGAUUUUAGGCUUUUGUUUACCGUCUCCUAAAACCAAUUUUUCUGUUACACUUCUGUUUUAGUUUAUUUUUUAAAUUCCAGUUUUGCUUCUGGCGUUUGUUUGCUUUGAGUUUUUGCUCCCAUAUUCGCUCAUACAACCCCUCUUUUAUUUGUGUUGUUCAUUGCUAUUUUUUUUUUUUUUCUUUAUUUUAAACUUUUUCUGUUCGGGUUUUUAACUGACCAAGAUAGGCGGCUCGGGCACUAAGAUGUCGAACCGAGUGGUGUGCAGGGAAGCGAGUCACGCUGGCAGCUGGUACACCGCCUCAGGAUCCCAGCUGAAUGCACAAUUAGAAGGCUGGCUCUCUCAAGUGCAAACCACAAAAAGACCUGCUAGAGCCAUUAUUACACCUCAUGCAGGGUAUACCUACUGUGGAGCAUGUGCAGCGUUUGCUUAUAAGCAAGUAGACCCUUCUAUCACUCGAAGAGUAUUUAUCCUAGGACCUUCACAUCAUGUACCCCUCUCUCGCUGUGCACUUUCCCCUGCCGAAGUCUACAGAACGCCGUUGUAUGACCUGAGAAUUGAUCAAAAGGUUUAUGCUGACCUCUGGAAAACGGGGAUGUUUGAACGCAUGACUCUGCAAACAGAUGAAGAAGAACACAGUAUUGAAAUGCAAUUACCAUAUACUGCUAAAGCCAUGGAAAGCCAUAAAGAUGACUUUGCUAUUGUUCCUAUAUUGGUGGGAGCUUUGAGCGAGUCCAAGGAACAGGACUAUGGAAAACUCCUCAGUAAAUACCUGGCUGAUCCUAGUAACCUCUUUGUGAUUUCCUCAGAUUUCUGUCACUGGGGACAACGUUUCCGCUAUACAUAUUAUGACGAUGCCCAAGGGGAGAUCUACAGCUCUAUUGAACACCUUGAUAAAAUGGGAAUGAGUAUUAUAGAGCAGCUAGAGCCUAUAUCCUUUAGUAACUACUUGAAGAAAUAUCGCAACACUAUUUGUGGGCGUCAUCCAAUUGGUGUGCUGCUAAAUGCUGUUGAGGAGCUAAAGAAGAAUGGAGUAGAUAUGAAUUUUUCUUUCCUGAACUAUGCCCAGUCUAGCCAAUGCAGAAACUGGCAGGAUAGCUCUGUGAGUUAUGCAGCUGGAGCACUGAUAGUCCAUUGAGACAUCUUCAACUCAGGAAGCCAACCUUUGCCCACUGGCUCUCUGUGUGUCUCUCAGUCCCAGCUUUUCCCUUUACAGUGAUUCAGAGAGUUCAACGUUUUUGGGCAUCGUAUAAUGUGAUAUAUAUCUCCCCAACAUCUUUCUUUUUUUCUUUCUGUUUCUUAGUGUAGUCUCCCAAUUGUGUUGGUGGCUAAAGGAGUAAGGCUGGUGUAAAAUUUGAAUGGCUGACACUUCUGAUUUAGGAGCAGUGUAUGGGAGAUACAGUGGCUUGCGGUCCCCAUAUGACCUGUUUCCUAAGCAAACCAUUUAUGUAUCUUAUAUGUGUGCUCUUUGCAGACCUGUGCACAUGUUACUCUGCUUAGUGUUACUCUCAGAUUAGUUUUGCAGGAUGUAAAAGGAGAACAAAUGUGGAAGUUUAUAAACAAAAACAAACAUUUAUAAAUUAUUCUGUAUUUUACUAUUAGGACAUAUGAAAAGCAGUAUAGGUAGUUACUGCAAACUUGUACAACAGGAAGCUUAUAUUGUAGUUCCUAAUAAAGGGCUACACACCUGAAACUCCACUAUUUUGUUGUACAAGCAUACCAAAAAAAGUUAACUUUUUUUUUUUUUUUUUUAGUCAACAAUUAAAAAUGAUUUCUGCCUCUUUGCUAUGAGUUUUGUUUCCCUUUAUGUCUAAAACUUACACCUCAUCUUUUUGGGUCCAUCUAAGUUAUAACUAAGGCUUUAAAAUGUACUCAUCUCCACUUAGCAGCAUUGUCUUGUGUCCCUUGUUUUUUGUUCUGUUUUAUUAUAACUAAUACUAGGAAUUAUGUAAAUAAUUUCAAGCAGAAUUCUGUUGAUUUCCUGGUGUCUUAUCACUUCCUAUGCUGAAUGUACUCUUUAUUUCUGUUGUCUGGCCUUGGUCCCACUCACACUCAUGAGUAGGUGACUUUUGUGCCAGCUCAAACUAGGACCGUCUGGGUUUAUACUACAGGAAAAGAAAAAGCCAUCCUAAGAGCUAAGCUGCCUCAAAGCCAUUUUUAAGUGUCAAAUGUAAACAGGAUACCUAGCUCACAGGAGGUAAGACUAAUGAACUGAUUGGUGAUCAUCCUUUUAAACUUUCGAGCAGAAAUGUCACAAUACUUGUCAAGAGUAAGAGAUAAGAGGUUUUCUCAUUGAGGACCAGUAAGUCAUUCUGAAUUUUGCAUAGAAUUAUUGUAAAUUUUUUUCAUUGUUAACUAGGUUCACUGUUGUCUUUGUAAAUAUACCAAUAUUUAAAUGUGUAGUUUAGGGGGAUUUUAAGUAGGGUGCAUACAAAAAAAAAGUGAAUGCAGAACUAAAUCAUUUUUUAGGUUAUUAUAUUGUUUCUGAAUGUAGUUAGCAUGCAAUUUUAAUGUUUUUAUAAGGUUUAUUAAAAAACAGGUAAAAGUACAGUUAUAAAAAUCCCCCAUAAAGUGUAAAAGCCAAAAGGACCAAAUAUACUGUAGUAUGUUUGUUUUUUUUCCCUUUCAAAAAAUGCAGUUCUUUGUUUCAGCCAGAGGAGGUCAGACGUAUCACGAAAACUGUAUAUUGGUCUGAACAACAAUUUUAAAUCACAUUUCUGUGUGAAAGCAAUUAAUCAAAAAUACAAAUUUCCAGACUCAAAAGCACAAACCAUGAGAUAUUUGAAUACAAAUAUAUAUGUUUGGGUAUCCUUCCUUUCUUUUAAUGAUUUGCAGUAUUGGUGCAAUGGUUGAAUAAUAAGGGGUAAUAGUACUACAGUGGCUAUCGCAAUGGUAGGAACCAUAUACAAUGAAUUAGUGCUUUCAGGUCAGGGCACUGUUUCAUUGUAUUUGCUGCACAGCACUGAUUAAUGGGAUGAAUGGCAGUACUUUGUUUAGGUUGUACCAGUUCAAGAAGCACAGUUAUUUAAUUGCUUGUAACAAACAAAAUAAUUCCAUAAAUCUCCCAUUGUCCACUUCCAAUCACUAUGUAAGUCUCAAUUGUGCAGUUUUGAAAGCAACAUUAUACCAAACGUAUAUUUUCAUUUUUAUAAUGAUAUUUGAUACUGUAAUAGGCUUGCAAACAGAGUUUCUUAACCUUGUAUAGCACAAUACAUAAAAAUGCAUGCUAGCUGUACCAAAUCUCUUUCAAAGCUGCCCAUUUGAGAAUAACGCAAUGACUGGAAGUGCAUGACUGGAAAAAGGUUUAAAAUUAUUGUAUGUAUUCAAUUAAAACAGUUACAAGUACUAACAACAACAAAAAAAGGAACAAAGGAUUCCACAUUUUCAGGCGGUGGGGCUCUUGGCUAAAUAUGCCAAUUGUAUGUUAUUUACAAAAAAAAAACCUACACCAAUGAGAGAUGUUGUCAGUCAUUGCCCUAGUCAUACUUCUAUAAUGUAAUUCUAUUUUUUAGAGAAACUUUUUAUAUAUGUAUAUGUAUAUAUGUAGUCAUGCUAAAAAAGGAUAGGCCUAAGGAUACUAGCAUAACUGAUGUUGGCUGAGGCUUUUCCAGACAACUCUGUGUCAUGCUGAGUGACCUCCAAGUGCCCUUCCUAUGACAUAUUUUUUGUGUUUGUAUUAUCCUACUCCACAAUUACUCAUUCUGUACUAACUCUGCAAGUGUGCCGCUCAAUAGACCGAUGCACUCAUUGAUGCACCCUCAUUACCAUAAUUGCAGAUCGUUAGUUGUGCGUGUUUUGAAUAAUUUGCAUUGCUGUUAAGCUUACAUAAGGUGUAGUGCAAAAUAAUUGCCUGGCAGCAAUGCAAUUUGAAUUUUGCAUUUGCAAUUAUUUGCACUAUGUCUAUAAUUACAUCACACCCAUUGUGUGGUCCUUUUGUUAUGACCAAUAUUUUUUACUUAGUGUAGUGUUUCCACUUGACAGUUCAUUUUCAGAAUACAAAAGUUAAUAGAGAGAAUUCCGUUCCACAUUAUAGGGAACUCUAUAAACAACUGGACCUGGGACCUUAAAAUAACAGGUUUGUUGUAUUAUUAAUUACCUGUCCUAUCUAUCUGUUUCAUGUUGAGAAAUAUAUCCCAAAAUUAAAUUUUCUGUGAUC